AUGAACGAGGAGAUGACUAAAAGCGAGGAGAAGCAUCUUAGUUUGCAGAAAGCCUUGCAGCAGUGCGAGUUGGUGCAAAAUAUGAUAGACAUAAGCAUUUCUAGUCUGGAGGGUUUACGGACCAAAUGUGCCACAUCCAACGACUUGACACAAAAAGAGAUACGAACGCUGGAGGGGAAGUUGGUGAAGUACUUCAGCCGCCAGCUGUCCUGCAAGUGCAAAGUGGCCUUAGAGGAGCGCAGUGCUGAGCUGGAGGACUUCCCUCGCCUCGGCCACUGGUUCCGCAUCGUCAACUUGAGGAAAGAGGUCACACAGGAGAUGAGCCCAGGUGAGGUGACCCUGGAGGGCCUGCUGGACAUGAGCGAGGAGCAGGUGUGCGAGCUGCUGCAGAAGUUUGGUGCCAACGAAGAGGAGUGCGCCCGACUCAACGCCUCCCUCUCCUGCCUCAGAAAGGCCCACCAGCUCGAACAACUUGAGGAGGAUAAAUUGCACAGUAAUGGAGGGAGCCAGGCGAAGCAGGACUGGUCCAUCCAGUGGCCCACCUCUGAAUCAGGCAAAGAAAACACUCCGGUGUGCCAGCCAGAGGCCAGUCAGUGGAUCCGGUUCCAGCUCUCCCAAAGCCCCAAAGUCCAGUCCAAGUACAACCAGCACAUGUGCCACAGCCCCCAGGCCCUGGCCCCCCCUUUAUAUGCCGAUCGACUAACCGUCGACAGCCCCGCCACAGGGCUCUUCCCACCUUUGGACUCUGGUCAUCGCUCCCUGCCCCCAUCACCCCGCCAGAGGCAUUUUGGCCACACGCCUCCUCGGACUCCCUUGGUGGUCAACACCAUGACCCCGCCCGGUACUCCUCCCAUGCGUCGAAGGAACAAAGUGAAGGCCCCGGGAACGCCACCCCCGCCGAGCCGCAAGCUCAUCCAUCUGCUGCCGGGCUUCACCGCACUGCACCGCAGCAAAUCCCACGAGUUCCAGCUGGGGAACCGCUUGGACGACACACAGACACCAAAAGCCAAGAAGAAGACCAAGCCCUUGAACCUUAAGAUCCACAGCAGCGUGGGCAGCUGUGAGAAUCUGCCCACGCAGCGCUCGCCCCUCCACACCGAACGAUCUCUGAGAUCCUUUUUCUUCCCCUCCUUCAUCCCCUCCACGCCUCCUGUCCAUGCUGAAACACCCUCUGCAAACACUCUCUCAGUGCCUCGCUGGUCCCCGCAGAUUCCCCGAAGAGAUCUGGGAAACUCAAUAAAACACAGGUUUUCUACAAAGUACUGGAUGUCCCAGACAUGCAUAGUAUGUGGAAAGGGAAUGUUGUUUGGACUGAAAUGUAAAAACUGCAAGCUGAAGUGCCACAACAAAUGCACCAAAGAAGCCCCACCUUGCCAUUUACUGAUCAUACAGCGAGGCGGACGAGAAUCCCUCAAAGACCACCAAGGAACAACUCAAGUAGCUCGUCUGGUACGGACUGAAUCAGUGCCAUGUGACAUCAACAACCCGCUCAGGUACACAGACCUGCACAUCAGUCAGACGCUCCCCAAAACCAACAAAAUCAACAAGGAUCACAUCCCAGUCCCCUACCAGCCAGACUCCAGCAGUAAUCCCUCAUCCACCACCUCUUCCACCCCGUCCUCCCCGGCUCCUCCCCUGCCCAGCAGCGCCACGCCCCCCUCGCCGCUACACCCGUCACCGCAGUCAGCACGGCAACAGAAACAGUUCAAUUUGACAGCCUCCAGUUAUUUCAAAUACAAACAACAGUUCAUCUUCCCAGAUGUUGCUCCAGAAGCUCCUCCAAGCAGAGCACCGCAGGUCAUCCUGCACCCUGUCCUGUCUGAACCAGGGAACGAGGGCAACCCUUUACUUCAAAUCGAAGUCGAACCUACAUCCGACAACGAGGAGGGCAACGACGAGGACUCCGGCGACGAGUUUGAGGAGAUGAACCUGUCGCUCCUGUCGGCUCGCAACUUCCCGCGCAAGGCCAGCCAGACCAGCAUUUUCCUGCAGGAGUGGGACAUCCCGUUCGAGCAGCUGGAGAUCGGGGAGAUGAUCGGUAAGGGACGCUUCGGCAAAGUUUUCCACGGACGCUGGCACGGCGAGGUGGCCAUCCGCUUGAUCGACAUCGAGCGCGACAAUGAGGACCAGCUCAAGGCCUUCAAACGCGAGGUGAUGGCCUACCGCAACACUCGCCACGAGAAUGUGGUGCUGUUUAUGGGGGCCUGCAUGAGCCCACCUCAUCUGGCCAUCAUCACCAGCUUGUGUAAAGGCAGGACACUUUAUUCUGUGGUGCGGGAUGCCAAGGUUGUGCUGGAUGUUAACAAGACCAGACAGAUCGCACAAGAGAUGGUCAAGGGGAUGGGCUACCUCCACGCCAAGGGGAUCUUACACAAAGACAUGAAGUCCAAGAACGUGUUUUAUGACAACGGCAAAGUCGUCAUUACGGACUUUGGACUCUUCACCAUAUCUGGGGUUUUGCAGGCUGGCAGCCGGAGAGAAGACAAACUGAGGAUCCCCAACGGCUGGCUGUGUCACCUGGCCCCUGAAAUCAUCCAGCAGCUGUCUCCAGACACAGAGGAGGACAAGCUCCCCUUCUCCAAACAGUCGGAUGUCUUUGCUUUUGGCACCAUCUGGUACGAGUUACACGCACGUGAGUGGCCUUACAAGAGUCAGCCAGCAGAGGUGAUCAUAUGGCAGAUCGGCAGCGGGAUGAAACCCAACCUCACCCAGACUGGCAUGGGGAAAGAGAUAUCAGACAUUCUGCUUCUGUGCUGGGCGUACAAGCAGGAAGAGCGGCCCAGCUUCUCCAAGCUGGUAGAUUUACUGGAAAAGUUGCCAAAACGGAACCGUCGCCUUUCCCACCCAGGGCACUUCUGGAAGUCAGCUGAGUAUGUCAAAUGA